AUGCCGGCAGCAGAGCCGGCGCCCCCUGCCGCCGCGCGGGGCGCCAAGCGCGCGGCGGCGGGCGGCGGCGGCAGCAGCUCGGCCGAGAAACGCUCGCGGACGAACAAGCGGCGCCCCCUUGCGGUGCAGGCGGAGCGGCAGCGGGCGACCGAGGGACGACGCACACGGCAGACGGCCGCACUGGAGGACGUGGGACGAAAGUCCGACAAGGGAACGUCCGAAGAGGAGGAGGCGGAGUCAGAGUCUCGCGGUCGGCGGACGCGGGGCCGGGACGCGGCCGCACGGUCGUCGCGGCAACGCGUGGCGCCGUCGAGCGAAUCGCGAAGCCGACCAGAGGAGGAGGAUGCGGGGCGGAGGCGGUCGCUGAGGAGCAGGGCUGCCUCCCCUGCCGCAGCCCCGUCUCCGCGCGGCAGCGACAGCGACACGAGUCUCUCUAGCCUGCAGUCAGUCGGAGCCGUCGAGGAUCUGUCACCAGGGCGAGCCGCCGGUCGGUCGCCGCGGGGAGCCACCAGGCAGUCACAGGAGGGAGCCACCAGGCGGUCACAGGAGGGAGCCAGCGGCUGGAGGCAGCUGCGCAGUCGCGCGUCGGAGGAAACCCCGCCAGCGACAGCGGGAGCGGGUUCCGUGGACUCGGCAGCGCGUACACAGCGCGCCCGCCCGCAGCCGACUGCCAGGACGACCCCCGCAGUGACCCCGGGGUCGCGACCCUCGCCCGGAGGUCGCGCCACUCGCUCCCGGCCCGCCGUCCCCGCUCCACCGGACGAGUCACCGGUUCGCGCCACUAGGUCGCGACGUGGGGCGGGGGAGGAACCGCCGCACGAGGAGGAGGAGGAGAAGGAGAAAGUUGGAGGGAGAGGCGCGCCGACGCGGCGCGCAUUGCGGUCAGCGGGCGCGGCGGCAACACCGAGGUCAGAGGUCAUCGCCGACGACGACGACGGCGACGUCUCGCGGUCGAAGGCGUCCAAGAGAACCCUCGUCGAAGUCCGGCCCCCUAGAGGGCGCCGCCUGCCGCCGGGGCGCGCCGUCGCCGAGAAGUCUGAUUCGUCCGCGGAGGAUUUCGCCGACGACUCGCGGCGGCCGGCGACGCGACGCCGCUCGGUGGCGCCCCCUAUCGCGUGGGAGGUCGUCGCGACGACGGAGACGGGCCGAGGACGCACGCGCUCGAACUCGGACGAGUCGCGGCGCGUGAGCGGGAUACGUCUGCGCGCCGUCGUCGCCUGCGACCGGCUGGCGUCCGACGAAAACAAAGUGAAGAAGGAAGAAGAGGAGAAGGAAGAGGAAGAAGAGGAGGAGGAGGAGGAGAUUUUCAGCAAGAGGCUGCGGAACAGGAGGGCGUCGCGUUCGGCGCCGAAACGCCGGAGUCUGCAAGAAGCGGGGGGAGGAAGGGAGGAGCACGGAGGAGGAGGAGGAGGCGAGGAGGAGGAGGAUGCCGGGUCGCACACGAAAGCCCCGCACCGCGGCUCUGACGACUCAGAGUCGGUAAUAUUCGGCAAGAAGUUACGAACGAAGGGAGUGACGUCGUCACGGGUCGGACCCUCGCCGAAAUCUCGGAGCCUCCGCGGAAAGCCGAGCUGCAUCAAAGACGACUCCGCCGCGGAGGGUGCGGAAGGAGAGACGAAGCCGGAGUACGGAGCGGCGAAAUCGGAAUCCGAGGAUUCGGAAUCGGCAAUAUUCGGCAAGAAGUUGCGAAAGAAGACGUCGUCGUCGCGACUUAGACCUUCGCCGAAAGCUCGGAGUCUCCGGGGAAAGCCGCGAUACGGAGAGGAAGACUCCGCAGAAGAAGAAGAAGAAGAAGAAGCAAAAGCAGAAGAAAGAGAAGACGAUCGAACGGCUUCCAAAGCUGCAAAGUCGGACGGCGAUUCCGAAUCGGAUUCCGCGUUUUACGCGAAACUGAGACAGCAGGCGGCGACGACUCGUUCCAGACGGGCGCCCCGUCGCGCGGCGGCAGCUCCAGUCGCGGAGCGGGAUUCCGGGGUCGCCCACAGGUCGGACACCGACGAUUCCGACUCGGAAACUUUCGGAAUGCAUGCGCGGAGGAAGCCCCCGCGUUCGAAACGUACGGCGAGGCCUCGGCGGUGCGGGAAGGCCCCCCACGCGGAGGAAGACUCGGAGGGAGAGGAACGGGAGAGGAAGCCGGCGCGCAAGACGAGAAGGAGACCCGGCGGGGCGGAGCCGGAUUCCGGAUCGGACACGGCCGGGGUCGCCGCGAGGUCCGCGUCGCCCGUCUCAGACGGCGGAGUCGUGGCGCCAGUCUCGCGCGGAGCGGAGUCCGGCGACGAUUCCGAGUCGGAAAUCUUCGGAAAGCUCCGGAGGAAGGCGGUGGCAACGGGAGGAGGUCAGAGGUCGGCGUCGGCGCGGGGGUCGCGGUCGCUGAGCGCGCCGCCUCGCGACGACUCCGACUCGGAACUGUUCGGGGAGCGGCGAACCGAGCCGCCGCCGCCCGACGCCUCGUUCGACUCGAUCGUCAGCCAGGUGGCGCCGGCGGCGGCCGCCCCCGCAGCGUCGCGGCAAGCGCGCCCGGCGACGACGCGCUGCAACAAGGCGCACCGCAACCUCUGGCCGUCGUCGCGGCGCGGCGAGGCCGCGGACAAGCGAACGUCCGACGUCGGAGAUUCCGCGGAAAGUCCGGCGAGAGAGCCGCCGCCGACGGCGACGCUUUGCGACGUCUCGUUCUCGGAGUCGGAAGGCGACGACGUCGGAGGAGACGGUGGCGCCCCCGCGCUGCAGCGAGAGCAAGCGUGGUCGCCGCCGGCCGUGCCGUCGUCCGACAGCGACACAGACGUCGACGACGAUGACGGCGACCAUCAGGGGGCGCCGGCGGACGAGGAUCGCGGCGUCGCGAAGAGCCUCGCGAUGGCGCGCCGCCAGUUCUACGACCUCGCGUCCGCCGUCGUCCGCCCGGCGACGUUCCUCCCUCCAGGGGGCGCCGACUCGUCGCGCGACGGCGACACGGAGUCGUACUCGGAGAACGACGCAGAAUUCGGCGAUGGAGGUGGUGAGGGGGAGGGGGAGGGGGCGGACACGGCGGCCGCGGGAAGGGACGUCGGGUGCCAGUGGGAGGGCGGAGCAGAGGGCGCCACGUGGCCGUCGUUCGCGGAUCUCCGCCGCGAGGGGGAGUCGCUGAUGCGGCGCAGCAAGCGUGCGACGACCGCGAUUAGCACCAAGUCCUCGCAAUCCGCCGCAAACUUCUACCCGAGGAUCUAG